GGCUCUUUGCCGGAGAAGGCAGUAGUUGGAAGAUGGCCGAAGAUGGCGAGACAGUAAUGCAAGAAGAUUCAGGCUCCCAAGAUGGCAAGGGAGACUCUAGAGGCGAAGGUAUGCUUUUUCAUUUGAAGCCCAACACCUAUUCUUCCUUUUGCAGUCGUAUUUUCCUCUUACACGGCCUUAGAGCGCUUGUAUUUUUCAAUUCUUCACAGGCGCCGGUCGCUUCUCUGGUUACAGCGACAACAAAGAGCUAUCAUCGAAGUCGUUGAAAAUACAAAACAAAGUCUAUUAUAUGGACGUGAAAGAGAACCGACGAGGCAGAUUUUUGAAAAUAACGGAGGUAAAUUGUACUGCUAUCUCGCUGUACUUCAGUUUAAGCUCAAAAUGGCUACGGGUUUUGCAUUUAAAUUUAAAUUACAAAGGUUAAAUAUUUGGCCUGUCGCUAUAUGAAUUCAAAAUUCGUCGUCUUCGCGGAAAGCUGUUUAAUUCAUGGCAGAAACCCUUAUGGAUUAAAAUCUACGUUCAUUAAACAUCCUAAUGAUUCUAGCACAUAAUUCUUUAUCGAUUUUUAUUUGCAAAUAUUGAAGGGGAAUGCACUUCGAAAAUUUGAAUAUUGCAAAGCUUUUUUUAAGGGCUCGUCAAAUUAUAUAAUACAAUGCAAACUCCGUUUUUUACUGUGUAAAUUUUGAUAUAUAUAGCCAAAUAUAACUUUAUCCGCCUCGUAUGUCCUAAAUAUAAACUAGCUCGCAAAUUUGAGAGCUAUCUUGUAAUGCUAUUAUCCUUAUCUCGAAUGUUAAGAUCAAAAAUUAAAAUAUUUUAUUGCAAAUAUCGCUUUUGUUCCAGGGCUCAAGUUGCUGAAAUUUGACCCCGGGUUCUUGUGAAUUUGUAAUUUUGUAUAUUACAAACUGUGUACUGCAUAAAUGACAAGUUAAUAUGUUAAGUUUUAGCUGAAAUUUGGCCUGGUUUUUUUUGUUUAAAUUACAUUGCUCUUUUUCUAAUUUGACAUUAUUCUUUGUCUGAUAUUGCACAAUGAACACAGCAUCAAUUAUUUACAGGCUAUAUUAUUUAUAUAUACGUGUUGAAUUGAAAUGCUUUGUCCAACUGUAGGUGAUAAAAUCUAUUUUAAAGUGGAAUGCAAUGAAAGUAUAUUUGUCUCAAUUAUUUAACAUCUCAGACUGGUGCUGAUCACUAGUAUUCUGUGGAAAUUGUAUAAGGCCAGACUUUUUCUCUUAAUUAGUUUACGGAUCAGGAAGUGAAAAAGAAAUCGAAAAUACACCUCUCCGACAAUUGGAAGUACAAAAUUAAAAUUACUGAUUGACCGGUUGUGCCAGCGAUUUUAUAAUAAUGUCAUAUUAUCAGUCAAUCAAGUAAAGUUGAUAUCAUUCAUGUCGACUUUUAACAAUAAUUUCCAACGUAACAUGUUACUGCAACCAAAGAUAGUUAAAACCGUUAAUAAAUGGCACGCUUCACACAUUAAUUUAACGUAUUGUGCAUUAAACGCAACAUGUAUCAACGUGCAAUGCAUAUCAUUUUUACAAUGCAUAUAUUUUUCUCAACAAUCUGUUUUAGACAAUUGGAAAUAUAGAAAAUUCUACUGAUUCCGAUUCUCUACCGAUAAGGCAAAAAUCGGGCUGGUACCGAUUAAAGUUCUCUUAGGCCUGGUUUAGACGGCAAAUUUUUUAUGCACCAAACCUAAUCAAAUUAAAUACGGUACAAGUUCGGCAACUGGACUUAAUUGUACCAUACCAAAAUACAGUAUGUCCGAAAUUCUAAAAAUAACAAAUAUACAAAUAAACAUAUUUUUUGUUUUUGUUGUUUUUUUGUCAUUUUUUGUUAUUGAAUGAUACAUGGCGUACAUGCGUAAAAACGCUCAGGUUGAUGCAAUAGUAAUACUGAUGAAAAUAGGAUUGAACAAUGUUUUGCUGCCCACGUUCAUAGCUGUCAACAUAUUGUUACACCCGAUUCAGGCUCAACGACAUUGUUCAAUAUUGUUGACAAGUGUGAACAACGUGGGCAGCAAAACAUUGUUCAGUCCUGUUGAGCAACGGCUCGGCGUUUUUUGCCGUGUAUGCUAAAACAAAAUAGUGCAAGGAUAUUCACCUUUCCAGAUGCUUUUUAUAGGCCCAUUUCCACUCCAGAAAAUUUUCCGCGGAAAGAAAAUAUUGUACAAUUUGAUUGGCUGACACAAAUUUUUCGUCGGAAAAAAAUUUUGAAGUUGAAAAAUUUCAACUUUUAACAAUGACAUUUUUGGAAAAUUUCCUGACUGUGGAAAUUUUUCUUGAGUGGAAAUGGGCCUUAUCUCUGUGAAUGAAUAUAUCCUUGGACUAAAUGGACUUGUUGAAUAAUUGUUACAGUCAAUUUCAGCUGACUUUUCAUUGUAAGAUUCCGAACUUCGUUCCGAACUUCGCAAAUUCGUUGCCAAGUUCAAAAGUUCAUAAUGAAAUUCACAAACAGGUUUGUAAACGAAGCCUCUGAUUGGCUGUUAAAUCAAACCAGCCAAUCAAAUGCCCAGUUUACAAACCUGUAUGUGAAUUUCAUUAUGAACUUUUGAACUUGGCAACGAAUUUGCGAAGUUCGGAACGAAGUUCGGAAUCUUACGAUGAAAAGUCAGCUGAAAUUGACUGUAAUUACUCAGACCAGCAUAAAAUUAGACUUAUUGCUAACAAUCAAUUUUGUUUUAGAUACCUCCGAGUCGAAUGAAGAGCCGUCUAAUGAUCCCCAUGUCAUUUGUUCCUGAAGUCAAAGAAAAAUUGACUGCUUUUGCUGAGUUUUAUGCAUCCCUUGGUAAGCUGUAAAUAUGUAGAACUCUUUGAUACAAGUAAAAUAGUCUAGUCAGGGUCUGAAAUUUGCAGAUCCCGAUAUCCAUAGGAUCUACAUUUGGUUUUGGUUUUGGAUACCAUUUAACUGUGAAUGACAAGUUUGUAUCCCGACUUGAUAUUGCAAAAUUUCAAGGAUAAUGCUAAAUGUCACUGGUGACUUCUUGAAAAUAACCAGCCUUUGAUUUCCAGUUUCAUAUUAUUCUGACACUGCAAUCGACCAACGAAAAAUUCGUUGGAUCCCGCUGGAGCCAACAAAUUUUUCAUUGGUUGAUUGCAGUGUCAGAAUAAUUUGAUUUCCAUCUUGUUGGUUUUAUUAGUUGUUGACUGUUGAGUCUCCUGUUGUUAUUGUAAUUAUAACAAGAUUCUAGGGGUGCACCGGAUUUGAAAUCCGGCCGGAAUUCCGGGCGGAUUUAACGAAUUUUCCGGCAUCCGGCAUCCGACUGGAUUUGGAGAAAAUCCGGCCGGAUUUAAAUUUCUGUUUUCACCUUAAAAAAUUCACCAAGAAUGGGAUAAACCAUCAAUUUGGCAGCUUUAAAGUUUAAAAAAAAACUUAUACUAUUUUAAAAUAUUAAGUUAUUAACAAAAAGAUAUUUAAAAUGGUUUAAACACAAUCAAAAAUCUAAACUGGCACUAACUAAAAAUAGUAAAAAACAUAAACCUCCAUUUUGAAUGCUGAUUUAUCCCCAAUUGUUCCCAUUACCGGUUUAUCUCAAAAUUUCAAAUUACAGGUAGCAUGAUGUGCACAGCCUUUCAGGUUUAGGUCGGCGAAUGGCGAAUUUCACCAGUGGUUCAGAUAAUUUUGUAGCAAAUUUGCCGUUCCUCCAUUGCAUUUCACCAUAGCUGAGUAAAUGAAUAACUCACAAAUAGUUUUAGAUUGCUGAACAUGUGCUAUACUUACAGUAUUUUGUGUGAAAAAUUGUUAAGAGUGAAUAGUUGCUUUCAAUAAAGUAACCUCGUUCUUACAACAAUCAACUGUAUGGACUGCCAUGUUAAAUUUAUCACUCUAUAAUCAUCCAAUAUGCAAAUUUCAAGUUCAACACUAUGGAAUUCAUCAAUUGUGGAAUGUGUCAAAACAUUUGUCACCCCAAACAUCUGCGCCCACAAACUUCAGUUGUACAGUGUCUUUUAUCCCUGAAUUGAAAUACCCGAAAAUGGCAUUUGUUGGGGGCAUGCCGUCGGAGCCCGUAGCAUGAUGGUCCUCCUGACCUAAAAUUCUCCGAGCCAUCAAUAAUAUUCUCCAGAGACUUAGCAUGUACCUUACAUAGCCUUUCCAACCAGGUUGAUUGUGACAAUAUGCAGUGCAAGGUCUGAUAUUUGCAGUGUUCAGAGUGUGCAUCUUAUUUUAUUAUAUAAACAUAAGUGUUAUAUAGAGUUUUUGGCCACUGAGAAAAAUCGUAUUUAAACGCACGUAAAAAAAUACGAUAUUUUUACAUGUGUAAAUGUCAUUUUUGCAAGCCAAUCAAAAAGCGCUUAGGAAAUAUGUUUGACCAGUCAGAGAACUUGUUGUAAAACGCAUUUCCACAGAUGUUUUAUUGUAAAACGCAUUUCCACAGAUGUUUUAUUUACGCUUUUCUGUAGAAAUUAUCGCUUUUCAAAGACUGUCCUUUAUAUAAUAAACAGAAAAAUACAUGGAUGCUUGGAAAUACCAGAUUUAUUUCUUGUGUUGAACAUGAUAUCUCACUCGUUCGCUGUGCUCACUCGUGAGAUGUCAUGUUGAACACUCGAAAUAAAUCUGGUAUUUCCGCGCACCCAUGUAUUAUUCUCUAUGUAUUACUUAACAGUUUUAUGUGAUAUGCGAACACCUCUUGCAAAAAGGUUGAUAGCAAUAGUUGCUCUUAACAUUUAGGCAUGAUCACUAAUUAAAUAUCAGAAACACAGCACACAGAGAUAUAAACAUCACAAUUCACAAAUUUUAUAAUGCCCUAACCAAUUCCCUUGGAACAAUUUUAGAUCCUGCUGGUGAAGCUACUGGAAGAGAUGAUGGUAAAUAUAAUUUUUUAUCAAUACCAGACAUAAAUUGGGCAUGCUUUUUGCUCUUGCUAUAGACAAUUAAUCAGGGUCUGAAAUUUGCAGUAUCCCAAUAUCCGUGGGAUACCAUGGAGGUUCGCCAAAAACAAAACUUACUUAAUUUAUAGUAUAAUCAUCUAGCAUAGAUCUUGGUGUGCACUAAUUGUCUAAUUCUUGUUGGUAUUUUUGUAGAUCAACUUGGCAGCAAACCACUUAAGAGGUAUGGUUACUGAACAUUGAACUCAUUUUACUAAAUGUUAAAAAAUGGAAAAAAUUACAUCAGUAGGGUAUGAUCGAAAAUAUGCCAUUUGGAAGAAUCAUUAUUUAAUAGAAUCGCAAGCAGUUUAAAGAUGCACGAUGUAGCUGACAGUUUUUUGUUUGUUUUUUAGUGAUCACUUGCAAAGAAACAACCGGCGUUACCAUUUUGACCUGAAACAGAACAAGCGUGGAUAUUUUCUCAAAGUAAGUUCACUUGAUUCUUGACUCGUGGUUUUUCACGUCUGGCUCCGGGGAAAAAACUCUAGCUCCGGCAGAAAAUUUCCAGCUCCGCAAAUUCGUGAUUGUGUGUUUUAUUUUAACACUUCUUCGCAUGAACAUUUCGUACCAUGCAUGAUGUAUUAUGGUAUUGGUUUUUGCCAGACAAGAAGUAUUUGUGAUGUUACUCUAGUGUGCAUCCAAACCGGGCAAGCUGAAAAGUUAGCAUCACAAGCAAUCACAAACAUCAUAUUCACCUGAGUACAUAACACCAACACACACACAAAAAAAAGACAAGAAGUAGUCGCUUCUUACACUGUAUCAAUGCGAGUAUUUACUUUUUUGUCGAUGGAUUCAGGUUUUUUCUCCAAUGUCUUCAAUGUUUGUGCUAAAUAAGUGCUGCCAGAGUUGAACAAACUCCGGCAAAAUAGGCCAAAACGCCGGCCUAGUUCCAGGGCAUACACUAACUCAUUACCCAUUGAGUGCACUGCCAGCAUCACAGAAUAGAGGCACACAGAAGUCCGACCUCUUGGUUCUAUACGUACUGUACACCCCCCCCCCGUCGCCAAAAAAAUUUCGGUCAGUAGUGUACCAUUUUAGGGGUCAAAAUUUUUUUCCGGACAUACAAAAAUUUUCCGUGAAGCCAAAAUUUUUUCCGGAUAUCUAAAAUUUUCGCCAUUCAAAAUAUUUUUCUAAAUUCCAAAAAUUUCCCAAAAUUUUUAUAAAUAUAAACUAUAAAUUACCUGAAUCUCGUGAUUUUCCUACAAAAAGCAUCGUUGGAAAUGUGAUUUAUCACGUAUUAUUUUACAACUAAAAGGGCACUUCUGCCCCCCCCCUGCCCCCCCUAGCAAAAGGCAAGGGGGGCAGCCGCCCCCCCUGCCCCCCAGUUACGGCGUCCCUGACUGUACUAUGAUUUUGGUGUAUCCGUUGCAGUGUUGUCACCAUGUUCCUAGCCUGUGUGCUUGUGAGAGGCAUUAACCCCCCUGAAAAUAUUCAAAAUCGUGGACGUUCAUGGGGACGAAUGGCUCUCGGAAGUGCACUGGCUUGGAACAUGGUGAAUAAAAUCAUUGCGAAUCAUGGCAUGGCAGCUGUUAUGCUUUUUUGGCUGAGUCGGCCUUCUGUGUUUCUCUAUUCUGUGCCAGUGCUCUCCCUUAAUGAGUACAGUCGUCUGGACCAAUUAGGUUAUUGCAGCUGAAUGGAUUAAUUAACAAGACAUAUUGGAAAAUAGUUUGGUGUUAGACAGAGUAAAGUAAUAGUAAGAGUAAAAUAACCCUUUAAGUGUUAUUACACCCUGAUGUGCACUUCUAGUACUUUGUUUUUGUCUAACGCCAGACAACUUUACUUCACGUCAAGGGGAAAGUGCCGGCACUCAAUGCAUGGGUUAAUAUAGUUUUCUUAUGUUUCCAUUUAUCUAUUACAUGUAAAAUUAUUAGUGAUUGACCGAUUGUGCAACAAUCGGAAAUUGCCGAUUUUUCAUGCCACAAACUGCCAGAUACGGAUGCUGAUACCGAUUUUAUAGUGACGUUAUAAUAUCAGUCCACCGAGUAAAAGUGACGUCAUCAGGCCUUAAAAUAUCGGUCGGUCACGGACAUUGUCCGACCCAUUCGUGAAAUUGUCCGACGUAGAGAGGAAACCACCGGACAUUCUGUCCGACCAAAGUGAAACUGAGGUUUAUUGUUUGUCCGACCCGAGUUUUUUGGUGUCCGACCGAACUGUAGCUUUGUCCGACGUAAAUCAAAAUGUAUCCUAGCCCAGGACUAGAGGCUUGUAAGUUAAAUGGAAAGUCAGAGUACUAUUGUAUAAAAGUUGAACUGGAAAUGUUGCUUUAACGUAGUCAAGCGCGGGGCGGCGAGCGAAAUGGUGAAGUGGAAAACGGACUUAAGUUGUCGAAGUCUUUUUUAAUACUGCUGUUCUGGCAAGCAAGUUAAUUUUGGCUUGAAAAUAAGUAUGAAAGAAACAAAUUAUUUAAUAUCUUUACAACAUUUACCGUUUAUUCAUUUGUGUCAUUCAGACUUAUUUCCGAGCCAAAACUGAACUGAAGGUUAUCGGACAUAUGUCCGACCCAAACUCAACGUCACCGGACAUUUUGUCAGACGGCCCUGUAAAAGAUAUUUUAAGAGCCUGGUCAUUCUUGUCAAUUUUUUAACGAUCCAACGUUACUGCAACCAAAGAUCGUUAAAACUGUUAAUAAAUGGCACGCUUCACGCAUUAGUUUAACAUAUUGUGUGUCAACGUGCAAUGCAUAUAAUGUUGAAAGUAGGGGUGCACCGGAUUUGGAAUUUUCAAAUCCGGCCGGAACCGGAUUUACCGGAUUUGGACAAAAAUUCCGGCCGGAAUUCUGGCCGGAUUUGUCGGAUUUAAAAUAAACCGGUAAUGGGGACAAUUGUGGAUAAAUCAGUAUUCAAAAUGGCGGUUUAUGUUUUUUACUAUUUUUAGUUAGUGUCAGUUUAGAUUUUUGAUUGUGUUUAAACCUUUUUUAAAUAUUUUUUUGUUAAUAACUUAAUAUUUUAUAAUAAUAUAAGUGUUUUUUAAACUCUAAAGCUGCCAAAUUGAUGGUUUAUCCCAUUCUUGGUGAAUUUUUAAGGUGAAAACAGAAAUUUAAAUCCGGCCGGAUUUUCUCCAAAUCCGGCCGGAUACCGGAUGCCGGAAAAUUCGUUAAAUCCGGCCGGAAUUCCGGCCGGAUUUAAAAUCCGGUGCACCCCUAGUUGAAAGUGCGUAUUUUCUCAACAAUCGGUUUUGGACAAUUGGAAAUACAGGUAAUUCUACCGACUCCAAUUGUCUACCGAUAAGGCAAAAAUCUGCCCGAUACCGAUUAGCGGUCAAUCACUAAAAACUAUUUAGGAUACAUAAUAUGUUGUGUGUUAAUCAAAUGAUAAUUCUGGCCAUGCAGGUGGCCCAACCAGUAUGGAGCUCAAAUCCAAAUACCAACAGAUUGGCCAUCCCAGCCCAAGGAAUUGCAGAUAUCAGAAAUUCUCUCUCUGAAAUACUUGAUGAAUUUGGCACUGAUGAAGGUAUAUACAUUCUUUAUACUGUUAGAAACUCCCGCUUGUCAUAUUACUACAGUAAAUCUGCACUCAAUUCGAGUACAAAAAUAUGAUACCAUGUCCGUUCUUAUUUAACAUCAUUGUAAACGUGAAGCAUCAUACAGUAGGUUGUUGUUCUUGAUUUCAAGAAUAACUUUCGCCGUUAUUAAAGGCAGGUACUUCUGGUAAACCCAAUAAGGGGUGAACUAUUAGGGACUCAGGAGUAGUGCUGUGCAAACUCCGGUUUUUCAUCUCCGGCUCCGGCCGAAUUACAGCUCUGAGCUCCGGCUCCGGCCACAUCAUAAAAUAUUAAAUAAAUGUUUUACGAUCAGAGAACAUUUAUUAAUAUUAUUAUGAAUAACCCUUUUCGCGCUUCCUAAUUAUCAGAUAACAUAACUCAGGAAACAAAACAGUGAAAACACUUAACCACGCAGAAAAUAUCUAUAUGGAAACCAGCCUCGAAAACUCUUUGACACGAGGCAUGACGCGAGGCAUGACGCUAACACUCUCAGACUCCACAGCGCAAUUGUUCGCACGCAAACAAAGUACUCUGUCAUUUUCAAAAGGUUGAUAUUUAUUUGUUUUGUACUUUUUCGUUAUCUACAAGGCAUGAAAUACACAGACUACAGUAUGUAGCGCUAAGUCAGAUGGCUUCAUGAAAGCAUGACGUUUGUAAGUUGCGAUCGUAUUACAGCUUUUACAGCUUUUCGACGCUGUUCCUGUGGGUUGUGGCAGUUUGAGUCAAUGAUGAAUUCAUUGAACAGCAAUUGGCAGUUUGCAGUAACUAACAAUCGUUUGACAUUUGUCUCAUUUCAUAUUGUUUUCUUGUCAUUUUGCCGGAGCUGGGAAAACGUAACUCCGGCUCCGGGCUCCGGCAUACAAAAUUCUGCUCCGGCGUCGGAAAAACUGCCGGAGCUCCGGCAGAACUCCGGCUCCGGCAACUCCGGCGCACAGCACUACUCAGGAGGGAGGGGGUUUUCUUGCAAGAAUUGUUUAAGUUCGGAGCUUUUUCAAACUUUUUUAUGUUAUUGAUACUGUGCAUUAAUUGUUUUCUGUAUCUGUAUGUACACAGUAUAUCCAUGUUUUUGCAUGAAUUUAUUUUUCAAAUUCCAUUCUGCAUGAAUUUACUUUUUGGAUCUGCCCCUUUCCGGGAUAUCUAAAUGCCCACCCUCUUGUCCUGGUGUUAGAUAUUGUGAAGCAUAAAGUACAGUAGGUUGGCCUGCAGGGCUCGAAAUAAUGGCCGGUCAGCGGACCAUGACCGGCCAAAAUGCAUCUUCACCGGUCACGUUUUUACCUCACCGGUCAUUUUGACUGGCCACAUUUUCAUCCCCAAAGUGAUUGCUGACGUCUUGAAUUAAAAACAUGAAACUAUGAUGUAUCGAAACAAGUCUCUAAUCGUUUGUUUCACUGUUAGUGUAAGCGUAUCAAUGACCGGUCAAAAACGUAUUUUGACCGAGCUAAAAUCAAGUUGACCGGUCAUUGUGACUAGAGACCUAUCUCCCGUUAUUUUGAGCCCUGGAAUGCGGGGCUGUUUACAUAGGGCGAGCCUGUUGGCCUACGUGGCACUACUGUGGCAGGCGAGUUACAUAAUGAACCGGAACCUUCUUAAUUUGUAGAGGAAGAUGAGUUGAACUUACCGGAAGCUAAGGAAGUUCGUGUUGAACAAAAGAGAUUUUAUUUUGAUGUUGGUAAUAAUAACCGUGGUGUGUUCUUAAGACUUUCUGAGGUAUGAAAUUAAAAGUAUUGUUCCCCAUUGGCUCGUUUUAUUUGUAAAGUUCGUAAAGUACAGUCCCUCCCCUCACUGACAUAUUAGAAGAUUGCUUGCAGUUCGCCUCUACCAAAUCCCACAGAUGAAUGCUCAGUCGCUAGAGCAAUCAUCUGGAGGUCGAGAGGUCCCAGGUUCGAUUAAUCCUGUGCCAACCGAGCGUAUGAGUAUCGCAUCUGUCUGAAACUGCUUCUCGUUUAUAAAGUUGUAAAAUAUCUUUCACUUGUCAAGGUCACCAAUAAUUACCGAGCCUGUGUUACAAUCCCACGACGAGGCUGGGAAAGAAUGAGGGAUGCUCUGAGUAAGUAUUUUGCUGUAAGAAUAGUAAAAUCAUGUUCAAUACCUUUACAGUGCGUCUACAGUAAGUGGGGCCACUUAGAGAACACUAACCUAUCACAUUGCAGAACAAAAAUAGAAAAAAUCAACAAACGGCGCAUUAGCCAAUGAGCAUUAAUAGGCCAAAAACAAUUUUAACAAACAAACGAAUGUCAAACGGUAAAAAUAGACUUGAAACGUAAAGACUGCAGUUACUGGCUUCCUGAAGCGAAUUCCAUGCUUUCUUUUGAUUGGACGAGCUUUAGUUUGAUUAGAUUUCUAUUUUUGUUUUGCAAACUGAUUGGUUAGUGUUCUCUAAGUGGCCCCACUUACUGUGGACGCACUGUAAUUGCUCUAACACUCAUCCUACUCCGAUUCUCCCUGCAAUUCUCAACACUCUCAUGUGAAGAUCUACUAUAGAAUUUUAAUUUGUUACUACCCUGUGACUUUACCAGUUGUUAUACCACUCCCCCCUGACUUUAAUUGCUUCCACUUCCCUGACUUCGUUACCACCCCCUGACUUUACCAGUUGUUACCUUUCCCCUGACUUUCCCAAUUGUUACCACUCCUCUGACUUUGUUACGGUCCUGACUUUACCAGAUGUUAUUAUCCUCCGACUUUAUCACUAACCUCCCUGACUUUACCUCUACAUUGAUGUUAUAGAUGAUUUAUGUGAGAAGCUCCCAGACGACGAAGAAGAUAGGCAGGGGGGUGACUACGACUAAGGAUAAUGGAGAAUGACGUUGCGUAAUGAAUGAGUUGCCUGGGGCGUUACUGGUUUGCUUAUUGUGGGAUGUUUGUCUUGUUAGCGAAGUUUAGAUUGAGUGCGAAUUUCUGGACAAAAUUUCAUAGAUGGUUGAAAUACCGGAUCUCUUUUACGAGUAGCUCUAUACUUUUUUAAGCAGUUAAAUUAUACAUGAAAAAAUUCAAUUCUGUUUGGCUCAGAUGCAAUUUCACGAAAUACAGUGCCAAACUUAGAAACGCAAGCACCUAAACAAAAGAAAGUUCGAAUAAGUUUUUGACAGUUGAAAAUUUAUAUUACUGUCGUUCCAAUUGAAGUGUUCCUCAAAUAUUGAUUCAAUACAUUACCUCGGGCUGACCAAUUCAUUUCAUCAAGUUCCUCGAGAUAUUCAUACACUUCCUGUGAAAGCGCCAAUUCCAAGAAUUUGAUCAUUUCUGGUCACUUCCUUUCUAUUUAUGAUUGGUUAGUUGCACAAACAACAAAGGUGAUUGGUGCAUUCAAACUAUUCAACAGGAAGUUUACAAUUAUACUAGAAAGUGUAUGAAUAUUUCGAGGAACUUGAUGAAAUGAAUUGGUCAGCCCGAGGUAAUGUAUUGAAUCAAUAUUUGAGGAACACUUCAAUUGGAACGACAGUAAGGUUUUGUUGUGCCAUUCAAAUGAACGAGUAAAUUAUUUAUUUCGCAUGUGUUUAUGCAUACAAGUGAUCAUGAAUUUGCUUUUGCAUACGUCUUUCAUGUAUAUUAUUAAUAAAUUACAGUAUGGUUUUUCUGGUGCAAUUUGGAAAGGCAAACACACGUUGGUUUUUCAAAGACCUCAAUUUGAUCGUCUUCGAAAAACUCACUCGUGCAUGUUUUUUUCCCACAUUGCACUCAAAACCAUAUACUAUCAUUACCUUAGUAUGUAAAGUUUAUCCAGUAACAUGAAUUGACUAAAUUGAAUUCAGUGAACUACUUGAAUUCAAGAACUACUCAAAACACCUAAUACCUAUAGUAUACUUAACCAGGUUUCAAGUUUGAUAUGACAAAAACAAAGCAAUAUGCAUGCAGUCGGUUUUAUUUCUUUGCAGAUAGCAAAUUUGAAUAGCUUAAAGCUUUUUCCUUUACAUCAUUAAAUUUUUGGAGUUACCAACUCCAGAAUUCCUAAACCUUAUUCAUCUACGUUUCGAAGUUUUGAAGUUCUCAUUAUCAUCUUCAUGGCACCAACAUUUGUAGGUUUGACUAUUUUCGUUGUAUAAUAUAAAUAAUCCUGUGUAUUCAGUGAGUCAGUCUUCGAAAGUCGUACCAGAAUUCGCACUCCCUCUAAACCUCCGUAUUCUACUGCGGGUUUGGCGAUCUAAUAUUGUGAAAGAUCGUUUAACGUUUUCCUGUUUUGAAUUUUUGGUGUAUAUUGAUGUAUACGAGCGGUAUUGAUUAUGUAAGAACAUAGGCAAUCAAGAUAUAGUUUUGAAAACUUGCCAAACUCUGAGCCAUCUAGAAUGACCUACGAUUUUAUGGUUCACCGUGCCACAGAUCUUUUGCAAUUUUGCAUAUUAGUAUUUCAAUACUAAUAUUUAUAUGAUAUAAUAUAAUAUUAUAUUAUUUAACAAUUAUUCGCCGAAGGCGAGGUGAUUAUCGGUGAAUAAAAACCGAGACGAAGUCGAGGUUUUUAUUCACGAUAAUCACCGAGCCUGAGGUGAAUAAUUGUUUUAGUAUAAUUUCAUAGAUGAUUAUUUGGAAAAAAAUAAGAAAAUACACAUUUCUUCGUCAUUUAAUUGACAAAAAGGCUUCGACCGCCAUUUUGAAAAUCGCUUAGGUGAUUAUCGCGUAAUAAUCACCUCAACGGCAACCAAUCAGCGUGGAGAAUUUUCAAUAAUCACCUAUGUAAUUAUACUAAAUUAAUAUAAUACUAAUAUUUAUAUCAUAUAAUAUUAUUUAAGUAUUAGUAUAGGUAAUCAUGCGAUGGCGAGUACAAUUAGGGAUUAAUAGUACGAGUGAUGUUUGGAAAUUUUGCCAAAAUUGGACGAGCCGCCGGGGCGAGUCCAAUUUGGCAAAUUUCCAAACAUUACGAGUACCAUUAAUCCCUAAUUGUACGAGCAACAUCGCAUGAUUACUUGUUUAUUAUUAACAUGACAAAAUUGGAUACGUACUUCUCAAUGUCAGCAUCAUAUUCUCUCGCCAAAGCCCAGUCCCGCCAGACUUUCAACCAAAAUUUGGUGCUUUUGUUUGUAUUUUCAUGUAGUUCUUUUGUUAAAGCAAAAUUUGGCGAUUUUGUUCGUAUUUUCAUCUAGUUCCUCCACGGCAAUUUCAUUUCACGCUUGAGUUUAAAAUACGUUUCCGCCAUUUUGUUUGUUUUGGGAAAAUCAUUAAUUGUACUGCAGUACAGUUAAUGAAAUAAUUGUACUCCUCUCAACCAAUCAGCAUCCAGUAAUUUUGUCAUGCUAAUAAUAAAUUAUAUAAUAUUCUAUUAAUAAUUAGGGCCUGUUUAUAUGAGCUAAGCUAAAAAUUCGUUGUCUUCACUGGGCCCAUGUUUGGAUAAACAUGAACAAAAAUAGAAGAAUAAACGCGUUGGCCGAGUUUCUGGAGUAUAUCUUGAUUAACUAUGGUAUAUAAGAAUGAAAAGGGUUGAGUACUAUUCGAAAUAUUAAUAAUGCGUUUUUAUUCACACAUUUGCAUGUCGUGUUGGUUUUCUGCAUCAACUUCGUACAGCAUUUUAACUUUCAAUGUAAUAUUAUAUUAUUAUUAGUUGGAAACAACUCUUUGUAGAGCAAAGGCAAAAAUUCAUUCACCAAUUAAAAUUAUUUGUGUCUGUUUCAAUCGCAUUUACUUUGAAGAAGCAAUUCAAUCAC